AUUUUCUUAUUUUUACCGAAAACUAUCGAUUUUUUUCAUUUUGGGCUCAGUCUACACCAACAUUCUUUUUUGAGUUGGAUUUGGUCUGAAAUUUUAUGUCAACACUACAUUUUUGGGACAAAACACGACCUACCGAUAACCAGCGAUAAACUGUUAGUGAGUUUUCCGAUAUAAGGAAUUCUAUCUGGCUACCCUGAUUGUUAGCGGGUUGAGAUAAAAUCAAUAAACAAACAUUCUUCAAAAAAAUGUAUCAUUUUCCCGGGAAGUAGUAUACUGUAAAUUCAUACAUUAAAUUUAAGUUUGGUCUUUCCUUGUAUGAAGUCGUCGUUUGCAUCCGUAAUCAUUUGAAAUGGAGCACACCCCAAAAGUUCAUGCCGAAUUGGAAGUAACUGGAGUUUCACGUAGCGGACGGGUCUGUAAGAAAUCAUCUAAGCUUGUGGACUUCCAGUCGCCGGACGACCUAAGCGAUGCAAAACAAAAGAAGGCUCAAAAGCUCAAAACACCCAACACAUCCGGAUCCGGUCUGGAAUAUUUAGCGGAUGUCAUAAAAGCAGAACACGAUUCCGAUGCGGCUUUAGAUGAUAACGAGAUGAUUUCUGAUUCUGAAGAUGAUGGAAGCGAUUCUCCCAUGGACUCGGACGAUGACGAUGUAAUGGACAUUGAGGAUAUGGAAGGAACUCAAGAGGAAGACGAAAAAAGUGACAGUGAGUUGCUCGUAGAGUUAGCCCCGAAGCGCAGUUUGUACAUGUCAGAAAAGUCGUCAAAAUUCAAAAAGAUGCUGAAAGAUGGAAAGGUUGUCACAGGAAAAACUCAAAGAAAAGAUAAAGGCAAACGUCGUUUCACUGCAUACAUGCUUUGGGCCAAGGAGGCGCGUAAGCAAAUGCUCUCCAAUCCGGAUCUAGAUUUUGGUUCCAUUUCUAAACGUCUCGGCGAAAUGUGGACCAAUGUUCCGAGUAACCAGAAGCACAACUGGAAACGUCGUGCGAAGCGGAUAGCCAACAAGUUCAAGCAAGGUAACGAGAAAGCGCUUGACGCACCAUUCGUGAAACGUUACUUGCACUUAGAGCAAUCAGGGUCUAGCCCAACGGUUGGCGUCACCACCUCCGGCACCCCUACUACGAUGACUUCUACUCCUAACGCAGCUGUCUCGCGAGGAAAGAAGGCACAACAGAAGGGAACCCCGCUUACGAUCGACUCUAAAUCAACAGUUGUAACCAGUGCCCAUCUAUCCCCAGACUCGCCAACAAAAGGUAGCGGUCACAUGAAACUUCCCGGCUGCCAACCUACUGAUGUGGCAGCUCACUUAAAGCUGCUCGGCGAUAGUUUAACCAUCAUCGGCGAGCGUCUCAAGGAACACGAGGGACAAAUAGCUGUUUCUGGAAGCCUUUCUGUCUUGUUGGAUAGUUUGCUUUGCUCAUUGGGCCCGUUGAUGUGUUUAACGGUACACAUCCCUGGUUUGCAAGCGGAUGCAGAGCAUUUGAAAGAUGUCUUUCAAAACACUUUGGAUAACAUAGCUUACGUUAUGCCCGGAUUGUAAAAAAAAACAAAGCUAACAAAUAGAUAUAUUCUAAGAAAAACUGAUAUGAACAAAACUGCCCAUAAAAGCAUAAGAGUCCCAUAUGGAUUUUUGUCGAAAAUGAGUGAUCUGUUGGAUUGUAUUCUGUAUCAUCACUGAAUCACAAUGCACAAAUAAGAUUAUCAGGUUUGUUUAGAAAAUAUCGAAAAAAUUACCAAAACACUGUUGUCCCAUCCAUAAGGCUCAAUGCAAACGUAAAUCUUGAACAGCGUUUUUCUCGGCUUGCUGUUUUUCGAUAUGGGACUCUUAUGCUUUUAUGGGCAGAAAACCUAUAACUAAAUUAGUUAUAGAAUUUGCGUUUCGACUUCGUCUCAUCAGAAUCCGACUCUAACUUAGUGACAGGACUAAGCUAGCGCCGGAUUGACGCUAGAUCCAAAAAACGGAUAUAAUUUGUAUUUCUGAGCAAACCCCUAGUCAAGCGUGAUGUCCCGCAAGAAAAGGAGUCCAUUUUAAGAUAAUGAAAUCAAAACAUUUGGUUUGGCUUAGCCAGCCAAUACAAGAUGCACUAUGCUAUACUGCCAUGAUACGCAUAACUGUCCCAUCUGCAUAGGAAACCCAUAGCAAAUGGGACUGUUAUGCGGAUCACGGUAGUAUAUUUCUCCUUAGUGGAGAACAAUGUUGGUAAAAAACUAUAUUUCUCCAUUAAAGAGAUAAUUGUUUAAAACCAUCUUUGCGCGUGACUAUAACUAAAUUAGUUAUGGAAUAAGGGCUCAUUUUCUUGCGGAACAUGUGCUUGACUAGAGGUUUGCUCAGCAACACAAUAAUUGUCUCCGUUUUUUGUAACUAGCGUCAAUCCGGCACUAGCUUAGUCCUGUCACUAAGUUAGUGUCGGAUUCUGAUGAGACGAAGUCGAAACGCAAAUUCCAUAACUAAUUUGAUUCAUGAUUACAGUUGUACCAAUAAGUUUUUCAUUUCUGUCUUGAUCAAUCUUUAUUCAACAUUCAUAGUAGCGUAGUACAAACUUCAUUAUCUUUAACAUGCAGUCAUCAGUCCAUAUUGCUAAUACAGCUUAGCACGAAACGAAAACCAGCUUCCAUUGCUCUUUUACCGCAGGUAAGUAAAAAAAUAAAUGUAUAUGAUUCAGUUGAUUUAAAAAAAUUGGAAUAUAUAGCUUUUUGAACUUUUU